UCAGUGGGAUACCCAAUUCAUGUGAAAACAAAGGGAAAAUGUCAGUGGGAUACUCGAUAUGUUGGCUCCUGUCAGUUCAAUAGGGGUUCUCUAAAGACGUCACCCAGGUGAUGCGCAGUGACUUUGCCAGACUAUUUCGCGGAUAAUCCGGGUUCUAUAAGUAUCGGCCAAAAUUGCUUCCUUCAAUCCCACAAUCCUGGUAACGUCAAGCGGCCGCAGCUGGCUGCAUGCUUUUAUUUUCAUCACGAGAAGCCAAAAUGAUAAGCAUGUAGAACAAAGCAAGUGGAAAGGAUUGGUGAAGUGUUUUGAAUAAGAUAUAUUUGCCCUCUAUCGAUUUGUUAACAUCAUGGGUAAUGCUGGCAGCAAUCUUCCCCGGGAGCGCCACAAAUCGGGUUCGCAUGAUGCUAUUCUAGGAUCGCCCCUCAAGGACGGACAAGCAUUCGUCUUCGACAAGAAACCGGACCCUAACCAUCGGUUGGUGUUUCAGCGCAGCGAGGAAGACGGAGAACCGUACUACUCUAAAUCUGUUCCGGAACCAGAAUUCUUGCGUGAGCAUCGCCAGCGAUCCAACACAGUUUCCAACGAUUCAGCGCUCCAGUCGGAUGACGAUGGGAAAGAACCAGAAAGAGCAGCUCUACCGACUGUUUUCAAGUGGGAGGGUGGAGGCAAACAAGUUUACAUCAGUGGAACCUUCUCCGAGUGGAAGGCCUUACCGAUGGUCAAAAGCCAUGGAGAUUUCGUGACUAUCAUUGAUCUCCCGGAGGGAGAUCAUCAGUAUAAGUUUUGUGUGGAUGGCGAGUGGAAGCAUGAUCCUCGGCUGAAAAACAUAGAAAAUGACGUCGGUACAAAGAACAACUUAGUGUCCGUUCGUCAGUCCGACUUCGAAGUCUUCCAAGCGCUCGCCAAAGAUAGCGAAGAUACUGGCAACAAUGAGACUAAAGAAUACGGCCAGGAUAUCCCAACAAGCAAACCUUGGGGGAAGGAGUCAGGUCCCCCCGUAUUGCCGCCACAUCUGCUACAGGUUAUUUUAAACAAGGACACCCCGUUGUCGUGUGAACCAACGCUGUUGCCCGAGCCCAAUCACGUGAUGCUAAAUCAUCUGUAUGCGCUUUCGAUUAAGGAUGGUGUGAUGGUUCUGAGCGCCACCCAUCGUUAUCGAAAGAAAUACGUUACAACUCUUCUGUAUAAACCGAUCUAAGUCAAAUAUAAUAACGGUUCCAAUCAGCCAUCUUCAAUUUAUUCGGUAUAUCCGUUUAAUUCUUCUAUUCUAUGAUAGACAAUAGUUCGGUAUGACCCGUUCAAUGUUUAAAAUUAUAUAAUUUUGUUAGUUAGGCAAGCAUUGGUUCUGCUUCUCGUAAAAACAUACAUAUUUGCUUCUGGAUAUUACGCUUCAAAAAAAUACUGUAAUCUCCGUCUUUAUCCUCUCUGGCUAUGAGUUUUCCUAUGAACCUACUUAGUGUAUUGAUUGAUCAAAAAAUAUGUGUAGCAUGGUGCAGAAACUUGUAGGUAAGAUUCAAAAAUAACGAAUUAAUAUAUAUGUGCUACGCGAAUCGUUGGUUCAGUAAACUUGUAGGACGAAAGGUGAACCAAUUAAUGAGAAUAUAUGUACGAUGUAUAUAAUUUAUUAUUGCUUCAGUAAUGUUUCAAUAAAAUGUCUUCAGAUUGAAAUGAAAUGAAA